GCCGGUUCAACCUGAACCGGACUGGCUUUAAAAUCAUUGCUAAAACCCCGGAGCUUUAAGAAGUGAGAACAGCCGAAGAGGGGUUUAUCGGUCUGUGUCUUUGAUCGUACACAGAGAGAGAUUCCAAGAUGGCAUGGAGGCGAAUGAUCAAUAACACAAGGGCAUUUUCUAUACCACAUGAAAAUUCAACACCUGGGUUCUCUAGAUUCUUCUCCAAAUGCCCAGCUUACAUCGUGAAAGUUGGAAUUCCAGAGUUUCUAAAUGGAAUAGGCAAAGGAGUUGAAGCCCAUGCAGCCAAGCUUGAAUCUGAGAUUGGUGACUUACAGAAACUUCUUGUUACUCGAACCUUGAAGCUCAAGAAGAUAGGCAUUCCCUGCCAGCACAGGAAGCUGAUAUUGAACCAUGCCCAUAAAUAUAGGCUGGGGCUCUGGAGGCCUAGAGCUGACCUUGUGAAAGCAAAAUAGAUCAAGAUAUUGUUUGCUGCAAAACAAAACCGAUUGACAUUGCUUUGUGUUUCUGCGGUUUCAAAGAGUUUGAUGUUAUGACCUCUGUAGUCUUGUAUCGCUUCUUUCAAAUUUCUCGACAGUUCUGUGUUAAUGCAUGAUAUGUAUAAUUUGUUGACAAGCACUUUGUGCAGCAUCUUACUUCUGUUCUUCAAGGACAGGUGAUAGGCAUCCAAAAAGGUAAAUCAAAGUGUUUGAUAAAUUUUUAAAAUAAUAAUUGAUAUUUAAUAA